CUUGUUCUUUUAGCUCUAAGCCAACUAGGCUCUAAGCCAACUAGGGUUUUGAGAAGAUCAAAAUGGCAGCAAAAAGAUCAGAUUCCAUGGCCCUCUUUUUGGCACUCAACAUCCUCUUUUUUUCCCUAGGCAAUGCUUGCAAUUCCUGCCCUUCCACCAACCCUAACCCGAACCCCACCCCCACUCCAUCUGCAAGGGGCAGAUGCCCCUGGGAUGCCCUUAAAUUAGGUGUGUGUGCCAAUGUGCUUAACUUGGUCAAUGUCGUAGUUGGUUCACCCCCGGUUCAACCAUGCUGUGCCCUUCUCCAAGGUCUCGCCGAUCUCGAAGCUGCGGUUUGCCUAUGCACCGCACUCAGAGCUAACGUGUUGGGGCUCAACCUCAAUAUCCCAAUUUCCCUUAGCUUGCUUCUCAACGUUUGCGGAAGGAGUACUGGCUUCCAAUGCUAGAUCCCCACUCUUUCAAUAUCUUCAUCUUGGUCAUGGUUUUGAAAUUUAUGGUUUCCAUUAUUCUCAGUAAAUCAGUGUCUUUGUUUGUGUCUUUGUUGUCUUUAUUU